CUCUCCCCUCUGUACCCCCACACCCCCAAUCUCUCUCUCUCUCUCUCUCUCUCUGAGACUCUCUGUCAUUUAUAAAGCUUCCUCUUCCUCCUACUGCUCGGUAAAAGUACUGCGGCUCUACACGUUCAGCAUGAGCUUCUUGACGCUACGAAGCUUAAUUCCUUGCACCGGUAAGUAUGGAACCGUUACUCUCUUUUUGCUCGCUCUCAUCUCCCCAAAUAUUCCUUGGGCGGCGGCCCAGGCCAAUACGGACCAGGACACCUACGGCCGGUACGCCAGGUUCAGUCCCUCCAUGGCGAUAAUCGUUGUCGUUCUUGUUGCGGCUUUAUUCUUCAUGGGAUUCUUCUCCAUCUACAUCCGCAACUGCAACAGCGGCCAGUCCGGCAACAGUAUCCGUGCUGGUAUUCUCUCGAGGCGGGGCGCCACAGCCGCGCGUGGGCUCGACGCGGAGGUGAUCGAGACGUUCCCUACCCUGGUCUAUUCCGUCGUCAAGGGGCUCAAGAUCGGGAAAGGCGCCCUGGAGUGCGCCGUGUGCUUGAACGAGUUCGCGGAGGACGAGACGCUGCGUCUGAUCCCGAAGUGCGACCACGUGUUCCACCCGGAGUGCAUCGACGCCUGGUUGGCUUCCCACACAACCUGUCCCGUCUGCCGAGCAAACCUCGUCCCUCAACCUGGAGACUCAGUACACCCCUUCCCCGAGUUGGACACCGACUCAGACCUCGAAGCCCAAAACGAAGUCGCCGUCGAAUCAUCAAACGCAGAAACAGAACGAGCACAAAGAGUACCCGAAGAAACGGUGGUUAUAGACGUAAAGCAAACGCUGAAUCGGAAUCGGACCCGGGGGUCAAGGUCGAGCCGUUGGUCCACCCGGAUGUUCCCGUUUCCACGUUCACACUCGACGGGUCACUCGUUGAUCCAACCGGGAGAGAACACGGAACGGUUCACGUUGAGGUUGCCGGUGGAGGUGAGGAAACAGAUAAUGAACCCGAAACUGAACCGGGCCACGAGUAUGGUGUUCUUGCCAAGGGAAGGGAGUUCGAGGCGGGGAUACAGAACAGGUGGGGAAGGGAGUAGCAGAGGGAAGAGUCACAUGAGGAGGAUGGAGAAACCGGACCAGCUGAGUAAAUCGGAGCGGUGGGCUUUUUUUACGAGAGCAUUGUCGAUGAAGUCACCGAAGGUGGCGGCUAAUAAUGAUGGAGAGGGCACCUCAUCUCAACCGGCGGGCGAGGGAUCAGUGAAUGACUCGGUUCGACCCCAUGUAUAAGAACAAAUUUUGGUUUUUUCCAAUCAAAUUAUAUUAUGUGUAAUUUUUAUCUUAUCGAUUUUUUU